AGAGGAGGAGGAGGAGGAAGCAGCCGCGGCGGCGGAGGAGCUCCGGCUCUGCCCACUGCCCCAUUCGAGCUGCGAGAUGAGGCCACAGCAGCCGCCUGUGGCUGGCAAGGUCUUCGUCCAGCGGGACUACAGCAGUGGCACCAAGUGCCAGUUCCAGACCAAGUUCCCUCCAGAGCUGGAGAAUCGGGUUGACAGGCAGCAAUUUGAAGAAACGGUGCGAACCCUUAACAAUCUUUAUGCAGAAGCAGAGAAGCUUGGGAGCCAUUCCUACCUCGAAGGAUGUUUGGCUUGCUUGACCGCCUACACUGUAUUCUUGUGCAUGGAGACACACUACGAGAAGGUCCUGAAGACAAUUGCCAAGUACGUCCAGGAGCAGAAUGAGAAGAUCUACGCCCCACAGGGCCUCCUCCUGACUGACCCCAUUGAGCGAGGGUUGAGAGUUAUUGAAAUUACCAUUUAUGAAGACAGAGGUGUGAGCAGUGGAAGAUAAGCCCCUGGUAUCCGAGGGUCCCGCUUGUUUAUCCCAGAACCUUCCCUUGCCUCCUCUGUCAUAGAAUCAUUCCUUUCUGCUGCCGCCAACUCCAUGGUGCCAUGUACCCCAAGGACUAACUUCUCAAAACCCUCCUCCGCCAUCACGGGGAAUCCCCGAGAGCUGGCCAGCAUCCAUUUUGUGUCGUUGCGGUUAGCCCAAAGCAGCGCUGGCAUCCAGGUGGCGAGCUUCUACGGUGAAGACAGCAGGCAUGAGACCAACCAGACGUCACCCGAGGGCAACGUGGCUCCCUCUGCAGGCCCUGGGGUUUUAUCCACCUUUCAGAAAGAAAGCAGCAACGUGGCCUGGGAAGUUGAGUUUCUGAAAACCGAAGUUUCUGAGGCCGAAGCGCAUGAAGUGGGACGUGCUGUUUUUCUGUCCGUCAAGAAGCGACUCCCAACAAAUACCAUCUUGAGUUGAAGGCUCCCCUGACGACGACAAAACACGCAAAGGGCUUCUGUUUUUAAUGCUCCACCGAGAGCUGGCCUACUCUUUGGGAGAUGGAAACUCUCGUUCUUGCUGCGUCUUUCAAGCGAGCAGAUGGUAAACUGCUUGUUUCGUUAAAUGUAAGGAAGUGUGGCAGCCAAAAUGUGUGCUGUACCAGUAAAUGUAAGCUGCCGCCACCCCGCUCUCCACUCCUUUUACGUGUUGAAUAUGUGAACUAGAUAAUAAAUGGCUUUCCCGAUUUGUUAGAAGUUAAAAGUUUUAGGGCAAGCAGGUAACUUGACUAGAAAUGGUGUUUUGAUGGUGCUUGUCUCUGUCUUUUCACAAAAGUGCGUCUCUGCAGUCCGUAGUACUUCCACUCACGUUCAACAUUCCUCCAGCGAUGCUUGCAAAAAUAUAUGGAUCAUUUAAUCUUCUGAAUCGAAACCUUCUACUGAAUCACAUGUUUCUGGUUUAAUUCCCUCUCCUUGAAUCAAACCGGUCCCUUCAGUGUGUAAGAUUUGAGUAGAAGCUGGUGGAGUCACUCAGCUACUUAGAAGUCACUAUCUCCUAUGCCCAGGAAUUCAGGGAUUUGCCAAACAAGACCACUUACAAAACGGAUGGCAUAUUUUGACUUUUAUUUUGAGCGAUACAACAGAUGGCAAUAGCAGAUCGCGGUCUCCUGAUGGAUUGUUCUUCAAUUCCUGCUCCUUGCUGGUUUCUUUAUCCUCCCCUCUAGAAGUCUGUUUAAUAUUUUUUGUGUAUAAACACCGGGUUUUUUCUAAUCUGUAACAGUGUUUUGCCUUUUGCACCCGUUACAAUCAGUUUUCAGAAAUAUUAAUGGAUUAGUAACUUUUUUUCUUAAAUAAAUUGUUUGUCAUUUGCUA